AUGAGCGCGACAGCGAUCGACCACGUUCCUGGCAUUGAACCUAUCGCUCGCCCAUUUGUGAAGACUUUGUACGCCAAGGGCGGCCCCCUACGUCCCUUGCGAUAUCUGGGGCUCGAGCGCGUCGGCUUUCAUCAACAAUUCUACGACCUCCUGCUUUCCUCGAAGCAAGCGAUCAUUUCUGCCAAUGUUCCUGAGGGCGGCGUCGAUAAGGUGUCUACGCCGAAGGGCGAGGAGUCAAAGGGAGGCAAGAAGUCGAAGGCAAGCAAGAAGUCGAAGACAGGCAAGAAGUCGAAGGCGAGCAAGAAGGGGAAGGGAGGCAAGAAGGAUAUCUACGAUGAUCUCACGACGGUUUUCAUCCUCACCAACAACAAGGAGUACGCUGUGCGCAAGGGCGACGACCAACAGCUAGCGAAGCAUCUGUCCCGUAUCAAGGUUCUGAACAUACGCUGCAAGUUCGGAGAUGUCCCCAUCUUCCAGCGUUUACUCUCAAAGGGGCUGCCUCGGCUGGAACGGCUACAAAUCGUAGUCAAAUCGUUCGACAAUGCUACAAACACCUACGCAGGAGGAGCUCCCACCUUCGACCUGUGCGCACAGCACCUCCCCCGGCUCGUUGACUUGGAUGUGGUCAACGCUAUCGUGGCCACAACACGCGACGUAAACUCCCGACUAGAGGCCCUCCAUCUGCGGUUCAGCGGGCCCCGUCUCGGGUCCCAUAUGCCUCUAGAGGACUUUCUCCAGCUCCUGCGCGAUGCCACGCGUCUGGAGUCACUUACGGUGGACGAGUAUAUCGAUGUGCCCGUUUCGCCGGUGUCAAGACCUCCUCAAGUCCUCAAUUUGACCGGCGCCGACCGACGGCUCAAGUACCUCAAGCUGGUGGAUGCCUCGAACGUGUUGUCCACGAUCCUCUCCCGCCUUUCCAUUUCCCCUCAGAGACUUCCUGUACUCCACGUCGAGGUCGUCGCGUGCGACAUAGGCACUCCGCGCGACGUUAUUCUCGGCAUGCUCCCUGACAACCCUGACAGCACGCUCUCUAUUCUGCAGAAUUCCAUCGCCGUCCGAGUACAGCACACGAGCCGAUCUAUCUUUGCACUGGAUCAGCUCUCGCCACAAGAGCGUGGGUUGCAAUUGCGCAUGCGUCACCCCUUUCCCCCAUAUCAGACUCUAGGACAACCCGAGCCCGGCGGCGAAUUCUUCCACGAGAUGGUGGAGUGUCUGAGCAUCUUCGGGACUGCGCCGGACGUGUACACGCUCCAGCUGCACGGCCCUAUGUACGAAGUGCAGAGUAGCUCAUGGAUGACCGCCCUCGACCGCUUUCCCUGCCUCCGACAACUGGAAAUCAAGGAUAUGUCCCGCGGGACGCACGCCGGGCGCGACGACUUGCUCAGCACGCUUUUCACUGCGCUCUCUUCUCGGUCCCGCGCUCACAAGGACGUGGUGGUGUUCCAUAACAUGCAUUUCUUCCAACUCUCCUGCACUAUCAACGGACCUGAACGCAUGGACGACAUCAUCCGCUGCUUCGCCAAACGCGAACAGAUCGGUGCGCCUCCGCCCAUGGAUCUCCAGUUCGAGCUUUAUACCUGUCGCCAAUGGGAUCGGGCCGCGAUGGGUCAGUUCGAGCGCAGCCUGAAGCGCCUAGCGAGCCGCGUCAAAGUGGUAUUCCGUCAACAAGACUUGCGCAAUGCCUGA